UCUCGGCCGAGAAUAAGUCUUCCUGGUUUCAUGGCAUAGUAAACUGCCUUCCCCUUUAAAUGUAUUUUGGACUAAUAACGAAUUGUGGUCAGGGGAUUAAAAUAAUUUAGAUUUCUCCUGGCAUAUUCAGUAAGGAGUGAAUCCUCAUCAUUCCGAAGGGUUUCCACGAUUCAGAACACUUGCAGAGACUCUCUGCCGGUGUUAAGGCGGAAUAACAGGCUGUGGAAUGGCUUUGCUGACCUUGCACAGAACACCGUCUGUUUGCACGACGCCGGAUGAACCCAUCCCAAGACUAGGAAGGCUUCAGAAAAGAGAAAGUUUUGCACUGGUUAAGGGGGCAGUGCUCCUGCUGGAUGAGAGAGAGAGGGAGGGAUUACAAGAAGAAACCAUACCCCCUCUGCUAGGUCCUAGGCAAGGAGGCCGAGCCUCUGACACUCAACGCAGACAUUUGCACGCAAUGAUUUCGUUACUACGACCAGAGGACACAGUCAAACUGGCUGUGCGUUUGGAGUCGGUGAGCUCAAUUAGAGUGAGAUAUUUGCUCAUAGUUGGCACCCUUAACGAAAAACAGGAGAGUCUACUACUUGGCAUGGACUUCCGUGACUCAAACAGGUAUGAUGAAUGCACUAUUGGCCUUGUCUUGCCAAUAUGGAGUGAUACACAGGUUUACCUGGAUGGAGACGGAGGUUUCAGUGUGACAUCUGCAGAAGCAACACGAAUCUUCAAGCCCGUGUCCAUUCAGACGAUGUGGUCAGUGUUGCAGGCGCUUCAUGGCUGCUGUGAACGGGCUGUGCGUGGUGCUGUCAUCCCUGGCUGUGGGCUGGAGUGGGCACAACAUUACAGAGAGCAUGUGGAAUCCAACCAGCACUGCCUUAAUGAAUGGGGGGCCAUGACUGGCCUGGAGUCAGUCAGGAAGGACACUGGAGGAAGUUCAACAACUAAUCGGGUGUCAGUGGAGAGGGAGAUCAAAGCUCAGUUGCGGGAGAUUAUGAGGACUGAGGACCUGGAAAACAUUACCUCAAAGCAGGUUCGAACAGCAAUGGAGUCCAGAAUAGGCAUUGACAUGAAAGACUACAAAGAAUACAUUGACAAUGAAAUGAUGGUCACAAUGGCUCAGAUGGACAAACCCUCCAGAAUCUUGGACUACCUUUACUUGGGUUCAGAAUGGAAUGCUGCCAACUUUGAAGAAUUACAAAAGAACAAUGUGGGUUACAUCCUGAAUGUUACCAUGGAGAUUGACAACUUUUUCCCACAAUCCUUCACCUAUAUGAAUAUUAGAGUUUACGAUGUGGAGUCGACAGACCUACUUGCACACUGGAACAGCACUUACAGGUUCAUCAAUGAAGCAAGGAAGAGCGGACAGGCCGUACUCGUGCAUUGUAAGAUGGGCGUCUCUCGUUCUGCCUCUACAGUAAUCGCAUUUGUGAUGAAGCAGCAGGGCUGGACUUUAGAUCAAACCCUAAACCACGUCAGAGAACGACGGCCUAUAGUGCAGCCCAAUGAAGGGUUCCUCAAACAGCUGCAAACGUAUAGCGGAAUCCUUAGUGCCAGUAAACAGCGCCACAGUGCCCUCUGGAGGAGGAAGUCCAAACCAGACGUCCGUCAGCCAUCUGUUCAUAACGCACCAGCCACAGAAAGCGGGCAUGAACAGAAAGAGGAAGAAGAGGAAGAAUCGGAAAGCCCAGAAGAAGAAGAAAGCAGUGAGGAGGAGGAGGAAACAGAUGUCUUUGAUGAGCAACUGGAUGAGAGUGUUCCUGACAUGCCUGUGUUAGAGACGGCCACAUCAAACCCACUUAUUACUGUACAAGAAAGUGAUAAGGUGUCUUCAAGCCCCAGCAGAAGUGGUAGGAUGGAUCUGUUUUCUCUUAUGCAGUCUAUACAGCUUGAUGAUGAGGACAGAGGAAUAGAUAAAGAGAUCCCUUUCGGUCAGAAGCAUUCUCCUGCACAACGAAGGCAGAGUCACAGACGAAGGGAACUGACAUAUCAAAAAGCACAUGUAGAUGUUUCACCUGAUCCAAGCAGCAGACAGGCACAGAACAAAAACCAGGAUGAAAUGGGUCUGUGAAGCUCUUAAAGGGAUAGUUCACCCAAAAAUCAUUUACUCAACCUUAUGUUGUUCCAAACCCAUAUGGCUUUCUUUCUUCUGGGGAAUGCAAAUGGAGAUAUUGGGCACUGUUUCACUGUUCACUUCACUUUGUUUCAAUACAUUGAAAGUGAAUGGUGACUGAGACUGGGAUUCUGCCUAAAAUCUCCUUUUGUGUUCAACAGAAAAAAAGGUCAUACAGGUUUGGAACAGCAUGAGCGUGAGUACAUGAUGACAGAAUAUUUACUUUUUUUAGUGAAUUAUCUCUUUAAGAAAGGGUCAUGUUAAGGAAAAUAGAGGAAGAGGAAAAGAAACAAAAGUAGGGAUACUAAAAUAUAGGACACCCUUGCACACAAACAUCAUUCUUCUGAUUGUAUCACUCCAAGAGUCAUAGCACAAUAAAAAUGAGGGAAAUUAAUUCUAUUAAAUCAAGUCUUUUAGGUUAAUUCACAUGGAGAAAACAAAAAAUAGAUAUAUCUCAUAUAUUUUCCCUCACCUGUCCAUCUACCCCAAAACUCAUAAACUGGUCAGUUGCAGGUGGAUUAUUGAAAAAUAACUACAAUAGCUGGUUUCCUUCAGCCACCCAUUGAAGUGAGUAUUACUGUAAUAUAAGAACUGUUUUAUUUAGAGCAGCAAUUUUGUUGUUACCUUUUGAAAUGUCACCUUGUGCCUUUUGGAAUCUCUGUAUCCUUUGCACCUUCAUGCUGAGCCAUACAAUUCAGUUUAUUUCACAGAUUUUAGUUUGGUAUUAUUAGGGGUUAAGACAUUUCCUUGGCUGUUAUCUCUCAUGUCAUUCUACAUGAAACAUGAAAGAUUGCUCUCUCUUAUGACAUUAUUUUUUUGUGUUAUUUUCAAUAAAUACAUGAGUGUGAUCUCCCCAUUCCUAGUGAUCUCACUCAUUUUAGGGUUCCUAUGCAAUAAUCUACUCAUCUUUAUAGCUGUUUCCUCUUCAUGAAUGUGAAGCUUUAUGCUGUCUAUUUAGAGCUUGCUGGAUGGAAAAGUGUUCUUAGAGAAAGCAAUCAAGGAUUGAACAUUUAGCUCCAAACUUGGAGCUACUUACACAUGUUUUUAAAUUAGACAGAUGUGGUCUAAAAUUUAAUAUAUAUUUAACCUGCACAAAAUGCAGGAGAAAAAAACGGAGAAUUUUCUUAAAAACGUGCCACAGUUGAUAUGUGACUUACUGUAAUCAGUCUCUGCUGUCUUAUCUAAUCAUUCUGCAUGCCACACUUCUGUUGCUUCAGUGCCUUUGAUUUAGAUUGGUGGACCAAAAUAACUACAUAAUUUGUUGGUUUUAAUGUACUUGCUGUUCUAACACAACUAACUCCUACAUGUGUCUUUAGUUAUAUGAGUAGUCAAUUUGUUUUAUCGUCAGCACCUGUGCAUGAUGUCCUAUUUAAGUAUUGGACCGUAUGCAUGCUCUUUGUACUGUAUGUAAGCUUGUCUUGUAAAGCAUGUUUCCUAAAUAUAUGUAUAAUGAAUAUCUGAAUCUGCUGUAAAACACAUUUGGUGAAAUGUUUAUACUGUUCUCGCACAAAGUGCCAUUGUUGUAAAACCAAAGUUAUGUUGUGGAAUGUUCUUAGAAUCGAUUCACCACUGGUUUGCAGUUAUUUCCCACAUGAACAAAUGAAUCUUACAUAUGUGUAUUAGUGAUAAUGACUGAUGGAGCCCAUGGCCUGCAAAGUGCUGAUUUUCCUUUAUAUGUCAAAUGUACAAUGUGCCAUGCCUUAUCUGAAGUGACCGUGAAAUGUUUUGUUCUGAUUUUACUCGAACUUCCAUUGUUGGUCACAGAUGGUGAUACAUAUAAAAGUUGCUAUUGCUUUUUUUUUUUUCUAUUUAUGAUCUGAAAAUGUAUCUUUUUAAUUUGAUAUACAAGGUUGUCUGUGCAAUAAAAAUUAAAAAAUGAA